UCUGGGCGGGCUGGAUCGGAGGUGAAAUUCUUUCAUGUAUCGAUGGUGAUGGCAGCGGCGGGGCUGCUCGCGGCCAGCAUUGUGGUGUUCGCGCCGCUCGCCAUGGCGGGCUGGCACAUCACACGCAACAGGGUCCUCUUCUUCAGCACCAUCAUCUUCAUCAUCCUCGCCGCCGCCGUCCACAUUCUUCCCUACGCGCCAUCCCUCUCGCGCCUCGUCUCCUCCUUCCACUCCACCAUCUCCUCGCUCGUCCUCUCGUCCUCCUCUUCAUCUUCUUCCAAUCUCGGCUGCCUCCACUCCCUCUACGCCAUCAAUUUCUUCGACGAUAGCGACGACGAGGAGAAGAUCCGCUGGGCCUGGACGAGGAAGAGAUCCGCCGCCAUCUCUGCCUGCAAGUUCCGAGAGCUCCACAGGGAGGAGGCGCUCGAGUUCCUGUCCGGGACGUGGAUUGUCGUGGCUGGCGACUCCCAAGCUCGGUACUUCCUUCUCUCGCUGCUGGAGCUCCUCCUGGAGGAUCCGGCGCCAGUGAGAUCCCAGCUCUUCAAGUUCCACAGCGACUUCUCCCACACCCUGGAAGACGAGCACCUCAGAGUGGAUUUCUUCUGGGCUCCAUACGCCGCCAACUUAACCAGCAAGCUUCUCGAGCUCCAGCAUUCCGGGAAUGGAUCAGGAUCAAGCGCGCGCUCUCGCUCUCCGGACGUGAUCAUCGCGGGAGCCGGGCUGUGGCACAUGUUGCACGUCUCGGAUCCAUCCGACUACGGCGCCAGCUUGAGAGAUUUGGCGGCGGCUGCUCGAUCGCUACGCGCGCCACACUUGUUCUGGCUGAAUCUUCCGGUGCUGGUGCCCGGGCUUCUCAACACCGCGGCCAAGCGCGAGAAGAUGACGGCGCCAUUGCUGUCUCGCUACGACGAGGAGCUGGGCAGGAGCAAUCUCACGCUCCCCGGCGGGGAUUUCAGGGUGUUGGACGUGAAGGAGGUGAGCUCCUUGUGUGGGAGAGGGUGUACGGGCGAUGGCAUGCACUACGCGAGUGCUGUGUACGGCGCCCUUGUCCAGAUAAUGCUCCAGACACUUGUGUUGAUCAGAACAUCUUCGUGAUCAAGAUACAAACGAUUUUUUUCCACUAUUCUUUGGAUCAAUGUGGGGCCUGAAAACUUACAAUGAGGAUCUCGUAAGAAACUUGUGGCAAUCCAUCGACACUGUGGUUUCUUGCUGCUCCAUCACUGCGAUUCCCUCCUGUUUGCAAAGGAAAGAUUCGCAAGGGAAAUCAGAGCAUCUUGAAUGGAAUAUCUGUUUCUUUGA